GGCAGCAGCCCCAAAGAGGAAAGGGUGUCCAUAAAAUAAAAUCCAUUUGCUUCUGUUCCUCUCUCUUUUCUUUCUUUCUUUCCCUCUCAAAUCUAAAGUCUCCUUUCAACUCCAACAACUUAGGGUUUCCACUAUCUUAGCAAUGCCCCUCAUUCCCACCCUUUCCUAAUUACUAUUCUUUUUUGUUUUUUCCGUUUGCUCAAAAAUUUCAAUUCGGCCACAUGGACAGUGGUGGUGGCGGCGGCUCUACCCCGGCGGCGGCGAUUCCGAACGCGAACGCGCCGCCGCCGUUUCUGAGCAAGACGUACGACAUGGUUGACGACCCUUCGACGGACGCGAUCGUGUCUUGGAGCGCAACCAACAACAGCUUCGUGGUUUGGGACCCACCCGAAUUCGCCAGAGACCUUUUACCCAAAUACUUCAAACACAACAACUUCUCCAGCUUCGUUAGACAGUUGAACACUUAUGGUUUCAGGAAGGUCGAUCCAGAUCGCUGGGAAUUUGCAAAUGAGGGUUUCUUGAGGGGUCAAAAGCACUUGCUUAGGGGUAUUACUCGGCGAAAACCUGCUCAUGGUCAGAAUCAUCAACAAGCUCAGCAACCUCAUGGACAGGGUUCAUCAGUAGGGGCAUGUGUAGAAGUUGGGAAGUUUGGGCUUGAGGAAGAGGUUGAGAGGCUUAAAAGAGAUAAGAAUGUGCUCAUGCAAGAGCUUGUGAGGUUGAGGCAGCAGCAACAGACCACUGAUAACCAGCUGCAAGCAAUGGUUCAGCGCCUUCAGGGAAUGGAGCAACGACAGCAGCAAAUGAUGUCAUUCCUUGCAAAAGCUGUCCAGAGCCCUGGCUUCUUUGCUCAGUUUGUACAACAGCAAAAUGACAGCAGUAGGCGCAUAUCUGAAGUCAACAAAAAGCGUCGGCUCAAGCAGGAAGGUGUUGCUGAAACAGAGCGUGCUACUGCUCCUGAUGGACAAAUUGUUAAAUAUCAACCUCCUGUGAAUGAAGCAGCAAAAGCAAUGCUGAGGCAGUUCAUGAAAUGGGAUGCUUCUCGUGUAGAACCUUUUAAUAAAAAUUCUGAUAACUACUUGAUUGGUGAUGGCUCAUCACCGCCUAGUGCAAUGGACAGUAGCAGCCCUUCAAGCUGGACUUCUGGGGUAACUCUUCAAGAGGUCCCCCCAACCUCAGUGCAGUCUUCACAUAUUCCAGCUGCAACUGGGACACAAGGGCAUUUCCCCUCCAUAUGCAAACCUGAAACUCUUUCUGUACCUCAAGCUAUGGCUUCUGAUCAAGUUAAAAAGGAUGGAGCGCAUGAUGCACCUUGUAUCCCUGUUUCUCAAGCAGAUGUAGUCAUGCCUGAUCUUCCUCCAAUAACAGAGAUGAUGACGGGAAACAUUCUUGAUAUUCCUGAAGAAAAUUAUAUGGCUCCUGAGACAGACGAGGGAUAUAUGGAUCCUAAUUCAUUGGGAGUUGGGGGGUCAUUUCCCAUUGAUUUUGAAGGUAUUUCACCUGAUGCAGACAUUGAUGAUUUUUUAAACAAUCCUUCUAUUUGGGAUGAUCUUUUGCAAACUCCAGUUCCAGAGGAACUUGAGACCAGUGUUGCUGAAGUAUCCAAAGGGAAUGAGGUGCAGCCAACGAAAAAUGGAUGGGACAAAACUCAACAUAUGGAUCAACUUACAGAGCAGAUGGGUCUUCUUUCUUCUGAUGCAAAAAGGGUUUGAUUAUCUAUGAAAUUUAUAUUAAUCUUUCAUAUUGUCCAAGGUAGUCCCUGACCCAAACAAUACACAACUAAAGUGAUGUCUAUAAUAUGUAAUUACAUUUCCACUUGCUCAUUGAUAAAGUUGAUGCUUUUCGUUUGGUCUCCUAUGGAUCUAGUUUGUGCACGAGGGCUAAAUGUAAUUUUUUUUAUGUGCAUUUGCAUUGAUAUUUCAUUCAACUCAUGUUGAAAACAAGUUAUGAACUUGUGGCCUUGCCAGUGCAACCUCGUGGAGUGUUUGUAACGUACCUGAUCAGUUCUUCCAGUGUAGGCAAUCUGUGAAGUUGAGUUAUAUGUGAAUUAGAUAGCAGUUCUUUCCCAAUUUCCAAGUUUCCUUGAUGAGGGGGGAAAUGGGAAAAAGAGAAGUCGGUGGCAAUGAUUGCUCAAGGCGUCUGAAAAAUGCACUUGGUUCUUGCUUGGAAGAUUUACUUUAUGAACAAGAGGGCAAUGGUACGAUGUUAAGCUUCAGGCUAUUUGUUUCUUCGUUAUUUUUUUUAAAAUGCUUUGUGAGGUUAUGUUUCAAUUGAUGGAAAGAGAUGGAAUAGAGGGAACUGAAAUGGAAUGACAUUAGUCACCAUUGUUGGAAUUUUUUAAGAUAGAUGGAAUGGAACUUGAUGGAAUUUAUUCCAUCUCAUUUUAUCAAAUGUUCUACUCAUAGAACUAACUUGUUUGUUUGUCAAUUUCCUCAUCAUUCUGUUUAUUUCUUAAAUAAUGGAAUGGGAAUUUCUACUGCAUAAUAAAACAUUCAAACAACGGUAAAGUAAUUUCAUCCCAUUCUAUUUCAUGUCAUUCCAUCAAUAUUUAGAUAUUUAAACCAUGCCUGGAGUUUGACCAUGUAGAAGUGAGGGGAGUGUGUUUACCUGCGAUUAAUCAUUGCUGCCCUUCUUUUUUUCAUUCUUACCCAGUGUUUUCCGUGAGGAUGGGAAUUUGCUUCAAAUUCCACGUUGUCUCGAUUGUUUAUGUAAAUAUGCACACUUGUUUUAUGAUGUAACUUUGCAAGCAUUUACGAUGCUGUAGAACGUAUCUAAAUUUUAAAUAAAAUUAGUAUUUUGGUUCUUUAAUUUUGUUUUCAAUUUAGUACUUUAACUUUGCAUUGUCCACAAGCUUAUUUUACUCGGUUGACUAUGUGCAAACUAAAAAACAUAAACUCCUUGAACGGUACAAAGUUAAAGGAUUAGCUUAAAAUUAAGAAAGGUUAAUUAAAACGAAAAUAAUCAAGAAAUGAUUGUAAGAUUAAAUAAAAAAACGUAGGUACUUAAGAUAUUUUAUGAAAACUUUAGCAUUAGAGUCAAAUGCAAUUUUAAAUAUAUA